ACCCUGUCCCCGACAUCUCGGUGGUCUUCACCUUGGAUAUCCAUGAAUGCUCUCUCUCGAUGCUUAAAUGAUAGACAAAUCGCCGUCACAAGAUUCUUCACCGAACAUUGCCCCAUGUAAUGCAGCAGCUGUUUUCGUCUCACUUUCGUCCACUGGGGGAUAUUCACUGCAGCCCAGUGCUAUGACAUAACGGCCCGUCGGAGCGCGCUUCGGAUAGUGUGCAAUCGAGCCGCGCAACGGAGCUGACUGACUGUCGAGGAACUACCAGCGUCUACAGGUCUGCCGGCCAGAUCGCUUAUUAUUCCAUCACGGGCAGCACCUAUGGCCGAGAGAAGAACGGCAGAAGCUGGGCCGUCUCGACACGCGCACUCGACACCAGCGGCUUCAUUCCCGACACACAACUCGCCGCGCACGUGGUUCCUCACUUCAUCGCUCUCGCCUUUGUGCAUCCGGCUGAUCCGGCUGCUGCUGGCGCACGGCGACUACGUGGUGGCCUGCUUGCCGCCCGCCGAGAUUGAGGAUGAGGAGCGGAGCGCCGAGUUCCGCGAGCUGGUCAACGAAUGCAAGAGCACGCGCAAGGACCGCGAGGGAUGGAAGGACCGCAUCCGCACCAUCCGCUGCGACGGCCGCGCCAUGGGCCAGUGCGGUGCCGCUGUCGCCGAGGCCGUGCAGGUGUUUGGCAGGAUAGACAUUUUGCUCCUGUGCAAGUUCGAGGCCGUCAUCGGCACCGUCGAAGAGCUCUCGGCAACGCCGGCGACCCGCAACCUCGUGCGCGACCAGUUCGACACCAUCUUCUUCUCCCAGAUCAACUUCAUCAAAGCCGCGCUGCCCCAGCUGCGCGCCCAGCACACGGGGCACAUCAUGAUUCUGACCAGCAUCGGCGGCCACAUCGCCACGCCCUGCAUGCCCAUGUACUCGGCCGCCACAUGGGCCCUCGAGGGUUACUGCGACUCCCUCGCGUACGAGAUUGCUCCUUUUAACAUAAAAAUCACCAUCGUGCAGCCCAACAAGGAGAUCCAGACCCUGACCAACAAGGUCAUCUUCGCCCCACAGCUACCAUUCUACGACGCCGAGAUCAGCCCGGCGCCCAGCAUGCGCGAGAUGCUUAGCAACGUGCUCAAUGCCAACCCUGAGACCGCCAUUGAGCCGUCCGAGAGUGAGAUCCAGUAUCGCUACCCGCGCCUGCCGGCGGCGGCCUACGACAAGUUGGUUAUGGAGACGGUGCAUGCACUGACGGCCAUUGGGGGGCAUGAGAACCCGCCGGCGAGGCAUAUCGUGGGCUUCGAGGGCGCCGUGGCGGUCAAGGAGAAGCUCAAGACGGUGACGGAGGAGCUAGAAGAUUUCGUCGAGGCUAGCCUGGCCGUGGAUAUCUUUGAGAGCGAGCUCAAUGCCGAGGCCAGGCAGGGAGGGUCAACGAUUGAGGCUGCUGCCCAGGGUUCUGUGUCGGGAAUAAGUUGAAGGCUAAUGGGGUCAUUGCAUGAGAGAUGUACCAGAUAUGCUGAGAUCUAGGAACCGGAGACGGUUCAUCAUAUGCGGAGCAGAGGUUAUUACGUGGGUUCUGGUUGAGAAAAAGGUGCAGCUCGGGUGCCAGUGCUUGAUACCAUAUUCUACUAGCCGUACAUAUAUUGUUGAACGUACUGGAAUAGUAUGGAAUUAUGACGGUUCGUAGCCUGGAGCCGAGGUCAGACUAAUGGGAUUUUUAGCUACCUACCUAGGUACCUUAUUAACCGAAGUUCUAUGAUUGC